GCUAUAGUAAGCGUUGCUAGCGGUACGGUUUGUCCUGAAUGCACGUAUCUAUACGCUCAGCAUGACGAAACUACAGUCUAAGUGCUGACAGUCGCUGCUGCGGAUAUUAUGAGCUCCUGCCUCAGGUGUCACUUCCACGGAGUAGCCAGUUAGGUAGUUGUUUACUCGCCGGCGCUUUUCCCACUCAUGUGCCCGGAGCCAUGCAGAGACUGAGGUGUUUUAAAAGUUUCUGGCAGUUGCUCAGGUCAAGCUGCGAGGGAGCAGCGAAGCAGGCAACCAGCUCAAGAUGUUAUAGCCAUGACCCCAGCUCCUUUGGGCUCCUCUUUGACAUAGAUGGGGUCCUGGUCCGAGGCAGGACCCCGAUCCCAGCAGCCAAGCAGUGCUUCAGGAACUUGGUGGACCGCCACGGGAAGUACAAGGUUCCUGUGGUCUUUGUUACAAACGCAGGGAACUGCAUGAGGCAGACGAAAGCUGAGCAUCUGUCUCAUCUCCUUGAGGUCGAGGUGUCUCCAGACCAGGUGAUGCUGUCCCACAGUCCUCUGCGAAUAUUUACCCAGUUUCACAAAAAGUGCGUGCUGGUCUCCGGUCAGGGUCCUGUUGAGGAGGUGGCUCACAACCUGGGCUUUGAGGACGUGGUCACCAUAGAUAUGGUUAGAGAGGCGUACCCUGUCCUGGAUAUGGUGGACCACAACAGAAGGCCCAAAGACUUUAUUCCACCCAACAAGGACUUACGGCCAAUAAAUGCCAUAAUUUUAUUCGGUGAGCCAAUCAGAUGGGAGACCAACCUUCAGCUCAUCAUUGACGUUCUCCUAACCAACGGAAACCCGGGCAAUACGUGGACCUUGACCCAGUAUCCUCACAUCCCGGUCCUGGCCUGCAAUAUGGACCUGCUGUGGAUGGCAGAGGCGAAAAAUCCAAGGUUUGGACAUGGCAUGUUCCUGGUUUGCUUAGAGAAUUUGUACAAGAAGGUCACAGGUUAUGAUCUGAAGUAUGAGGCUCUGAUUGGUAAGCCGAGUGUGGUGACUUAUAACUACGCCGAGCUGCUGAUUAGACAGCAGGCAGAGAAGCUCGGCUGGAACAAACCUGUGAAGACGCUUUAUGCUAUCGGAGACAAUCCCAUGGCAGACAUAUAUGGAGCCAACCUCUACAAUCGCUACCUUCAGGCCUCUAAGCAUGCCAAUGCCAAAGUGCAGGCCAAGAGCUGCAGAGGAGGAGCGGAUCCCACCGCUCAAUCUGUCGACGACCAUCGUAAAAUGACAUCGGCGGAAAUGGGCGGCGCCACUGUCGCCUAUGGGUCAGAGGAGGAUCUCCCCGAGGCCUGUAGCUCCAUCCUGGUCUGUACAGGAGUGUACAGCAGAGACCAGCAGGAGCUGCCUUCAGACCCGGCGCAAACAGUCACUGAGCAGCACAUCUUCCACGGCCACAGGGACUUCCGUUUCGACCCCACCCUCACACAGCCGUCCUUCGUGGUGCAGGACGUGAAAGAGGCAGUGGAGUUGGUGUUCCAGCAGGAAGGCUGGCCUCUAGAGUAGCACCAGGGAAUAUUCAAAUAGCUUCUCUUUUUUAAAAACCUUUCUUUGUAUUCUGGCUGUUACUGUGCAAUUCAGAGUAUAUUCAACAAGCAGUUAUAACCCUAACACUACAAUUUACAGCGGCUCUUAAAGUCUACAUGUCAGGUUUUAUGAUAUUAAAGAAAAAAGAGCAUGAUAAAUCAUUUAAAAACUCUUUCCACCAUUAAUGUGGCACAAUGUCAUGUAUGUAUUUGUUUGCUUCUGGAAAAACAAAGAAACUGUUUAAAAAAGCAUAAGUGUGCACAACCUUAAGCUAAUCCUUUUGCUCUAAUUCAGCAUUCAGCCUUCUUUAGUAGGAAUCACAUUACCACAUCUUGACUUGAUAGUGUUUUCUUUCACUCUGUCUUCCAAACGUUCUCCAGAUCUCGAUAUGUAGGAACACAUCCAUUUUCCACAGCCCACGUUAGUUGACACCAAAGACAUGUGGUUCUGGUCUCUGGCUAGAGUUUUCCUAAACUUUAUUUUGUAAUUAAAUUAAUGGCUCACCACCACGUCUCUGCAGAACCUAAUGAAGUGUUGAGGAGAUAAUUGAGUAGUAGGAGAGUGUUUCUCAAGAACUGGAGCUGUAGAUCCCUGGCUUAGAUUCACUGUGUAAAAUCUCAUUUUACUUUUAACUAUCAAGCAAACAGAUCUUUGGUAUUUGAAAUUAAUCAGAACUUUAUCCACAUUGACUGAGGUUAUUUGCAUGAACCUCAGGUUCAUGUAAAUAAAAGAAUGUUAAUUUCGUCUUUUGAUCAAUUCUGCUGAAAAGUGCUGUUUUAAUAACAUUUGUACUCCGAUACUUUAUCCAAUUAUUCAUCUUUGUACCACAAUAUGCAUUUUAUGCUGUAAAUUAUUUUUUGUAUGCCCUUCUCCUGACUGAUACCUUUGUACCAUGGUGUCCCUUUGAACGUUUGUAAGCCAUCUACAGACUAUCCCUUUAGCAACAGGAUGCAAAUGCAUAAAUGUCAGAAGAAUCUAGUUAGACAACAGAACUUUAUUUUAAUGUUUCAUAAUUAUUUAUAGUGGAUGUGAAUUCAUAAAGAGUAAAUACUAAAAAUUAAUCAAAAGGGAUUUAGUGGUUAUUUUAAGGGUGUGCACACUUAUUCUACCAAGUUAUUACAGUUUACAUAUAUAUAUAAUUCUUUUCUCAUUUGUUUUCUUGUUUUUAAAAUGUCCAGGGUAAAUCUCACAUAUCCACACAAUAUUUUGAAAUUCUUAAUCAAACUGUUCACAUCACAAACACUUUGUUUUUUAAAAGAAUUGUGUAUACUUUGGAGAGGAACUGUCAGUCUAACCUGCCGGAUUUAAAUUUUUUUAUUAUUAUUUAGUUAAAAAAAUAGAGUAUUAUGCAUUAGAGUUUAAAACGUUUGCCUGCUUUUAAACCGAUUACAUAAGCUGUCAGGUUUUUUACAGCACACAAUAUAUCGGAAGAAUGUUUAAAUCAAUUUAGAGCAAAGGCCACAUUGGCACAAAUAUGGCUUUGACCUUAGGCUUUAAGGUCAAAAGCACUUAUUGAAAUGAAGAUUACUUUUAUUUUUCUAAAUAAAUCACCCUUUUGUUUUCUUAUACUGCGUUGGUUGAUAUAUUCUAGCCUGAUUUGUUUUUAAGUCAGGGUUAAUGCUCAGGAAAUUAAGUUGCCAAUAUUCAGUUUAGACCUUGAAAAAUGCAGUAUUUUGAUUUUACUCUCUUUUUAUGUUUUUGUAAAGUUUACAGCAUUGCACUGUUGGAUUAAAAAUGAGGUGCUGUUUGACAAGUGAACAUGAAUGUUUGCUAGAUUAAAUGGCAAGGAGAAAGUUGCACCUGUUCUGUAAUGAAGAUUUAAAAGUGAUGGAAAUUUGCAGGCUGAUACUUUGGAAUGUACUGUAAAAGCAAUAUUUUGUAAAGGAGCAAUUAAAAAGAUAAAGGAAGCUAAA